GCGAUAAAAUUUUGUUUACAUCAUUGUUGAAGAAUAAUGGCUCCCAUUACACCAACUGUAAUUCGGAAACCUUUACUGUCUAUUCAAAACGAUUGGGAUGAAGUGUUAAGAGAGAAGAUUGGAUCUGUAUGGGUUUCCUGUAAAGAGUAUGGUAAAAAUAGCAAGCAUGGAAAACUGAAUGUGAUUCCAUGUGAAAGUACUUGUGUAACUGUUGAAGGAUCAGAUGGCUUCAGAGUCCAAAAAAUAACAGCUAAAUCAUUAAGUUUGUCACAUGAAGAUCCUAAUUGCAGAUGUGAUUUUUAUGCUCCUAGCAAAAUAUUUUCCAAUAUUCACCUUAAAAAUGUUUUAUGUUUGGAUGUUACAAAUGCUGGACUUGGCGCUUCUGUUUCUGGGGAUAAUACUAUUUACAUUUGGGAUAACUCCAAUGGAAGUGUUCUCAGGAAAUUAGAAGGUCACAUCUGGGAUGUAUAUUCAUGCCGCUUCUUCCCAUCUGGGAUUGUUGUACUAUCUGGUGGUGCUGAUAUGCAGUUGAAAAUUUGGGCUGCUGAUACGGGUCAGUGCCCAGUUACUUUGACUGGGCAUUCUGCUGCCGUGACAGAUACUGCUGUUGUUGAUCGAGGAAGAAAUAUUGUCUCUGUAUCUAAGGAUGGUACAGCACGUUUAUGGGAUUGUGGUAAAGCAACUUGCCUUGAUGUACUGUCUAGAAGUAAUGGGAGCAUCAAUUGUUCUGCAGUUGCAGAAGUUGACAUUGAUGUUGGAACUCCUGAAAAUCCUCCAAGUGAAAGAGAAGUUGCAACUGAUGGAAAACUGCUAGUGUUCGGAUGUGAAAAUGGAAAUUUGAAGGGAGUUGGACUUCAAAGCCGUAAACAGAUAUUUGAACAUAAUUGUGGCUCUGCUAUAAAUUGUUGUUGCUUCACGUCAAAGUCCACUCUCGCAUUUGGAACACAAGAUGGUAGACUUUACUUAUUUGAUCUAAGAGCGAGGUUGCCAGUUACUGUGUGGGAGGAAUCUACUUCACCUGUUCUCUGUUUAUUAUCGAUAAAAAAUGGUCUUCUUUGUGGAAGAGGUGAUGGCUCCUGUAUUUUCAAUGCCCUAGACAAAGAUCAGUGUGUGCAGCUGACAGGGCCUGGAUUUGAUCCAGUUUAUUGUAUGGCUGCAAAUGAGAAUGCAAUUUUUACUGGUGCCAGGGAUGGCUUGAUAAGAAAAUAUGAUUUGAACUUUUGAUAAAAAGCAUAUUGUGAUCAUGUAUUUUUCAAUGUUUUUGGUAACAAAUAAAA